AUGGCUCCCAUCCCGGAAGAAAUGAUCAUUGCUGCAAGAGAUUCAGUGCUGAAUAUGGUGAAUGACACUACAGUAUUCUUUGUGGAAUUCAGCUAUCAACCCACACUGGCAUCCAGGCAGUAUCAGACAGAUAUGGAAAUUGCCUGGAGAAGACUCCACCCUUUGCAGCAAGAAAUCAUGAUGAAGAAGAUCGUAAAUAGGCUGACUCCCAAACAAUUUGCUGUCCCCACAGAAGGCUUACAUCAGGAAAACUACACAUUCACUUAUGUCACUUGGCCCUUGGGUCACUUUGACAAGUGGCCAAGAGACGCAAGUUGCUGCCUUGGCCAAGUGAUUCCUCUUGGCUCAAGUGAAGACUCAAGUGGCCUGGACAAAAAUGAGAUCAUGCAGCAGGGGAGACCAUCAAUAGAACAGGUCCUCAUUCUGCCGCCGAUCCCUUCUCUUUCCCAGCCUCUUCACACUUGCCGUCAAAUCGAAAAAUGGUGGUGGCCAACACCAGUCUUGCUUGGAGCAAUCGCAAUGGACCCUGUGGUCGGUACGGUGCAUAGGGUGCGUGCACAGGGCUUUGGCGAGGAUGGGUCGGACAAGGUCGGACACCACAAGCGACACGUCAUGACUAACGUGUCGCUUGGUGUGCACAGUCAAUGCAUUGAAAUCGCCAAAACGCCCACUCCAACCCAGACAUCUUCGUUGGGCAUUUCAGAAGGGCCCAUACAAGGCUUGAAUUUGGAUGGCUGA